AUGCCUACACCCGACCAAAUUUUAAUGAGGAAGAUAAAAAAGCGAGAGAAGAAGAAGUUACAGCUUAUUAAUGCGAAAAUUAACGGGGAUACUGAAGACCAUGCAGAACCUGAACCAACCAUAGAAAGGGAAGCAAUAAAAAGACCAAACAAUGAAAAUGAAAAUGCAGUACCCAAAAAGAAGAAAAAGAAGGUGAAACAAGAAAUACAACCAGAACAACCAGACAACAAUGAAGCUGAAGAUGAGGAAAGGGGCAGUAGUGACGAAAGUAACGCAGACAGUCAACACAGCAUUGAAAAUGAUGCUGGUAAAGAAAAUCAAUUGCCAAUUUCCAGCCUAAGGCCCGGUAUAUUAUCCAAUAAAAAAUUCUCUGACUUAGAAGGCAAGAUUAGUGAACAAACUCUCAAGAGCCUUAAAGACAUGGGAUUCACUACUAUGACAGAGGUUCAAGCCAAAACUAUCCCUCUACUACUUGAUUUACAUGAUGUUGUGUGUUCUGCGAGGACAGGAUCGGGCAAAACUCUAGCUUUCUUAAUCCCAGUUGUAGAACUUCUCUAUAAACUUAAAUUUAAACCUAGAAAUUCUACUGGUGCAAUUAUUCUUUCACCAACGAGAGAAUUGGCUAUGCAGACAUAUGGACAGUUAAUGGGACUGAUGAAAUAUCAUAGUCAGACUUAUGGUUUGGUGAUGGGAGGUGCUAACAGAAAGAAAGAGGCGAGAAAACUAUUUGGUAUUAACAUAUUGGUGGCAACACCGGGUCGAUUGUUAGAUCAUAUGAAAAACACACCCAACUUUUACUACAACAAAGCAUUUUGUGUUGUGGUUGAUGAAGUUGACAGAAUGUUGGAGAUGGGCUUUGCAGCAGAAAUUACACAAAUCCUCAGUCGUCUACCAUCGGAACACCAAACAAUUUUUGUGAGCGCCACUCAAAGUAAGCAAUUAGAGGUCAUAUACCGUACCAUACCAUCUGCCUUUCCAAAGACCACGCCACUUUAUAUAGGAGUUGAUGACCAUAAAGAACAAGCAACUGUAGAGUCUUUACAACAAGGUUUUGUAAUAUGCCCGUUAGAAAAACGCUUGUUGAUACUAUACUCAUUUCUAAAGAGAACCCCAGAGAAGAAAAUCAUGGUGUUUUUCUCCACAUGUAGUUCUGUCGAAUAUCAUUAUAAGCUGUUUAACUAUAUAGAUCUACCAGUUAUGUCUAUACAUGGAAAACAAGAGCAAGCAAUACGUACAACAACUUUCUUCCAAUUCUGUAAUGCUGAAUCCGGAAUACUGCUAUGUACAGACGUGGCUGCUAGAGGAAUAGAUAUACCCGCCGUCGACUGGAUUGUGCAGUAUGAUCCUCCAGAUGACCCUAAGGACUACAUUCAUCGCGUAGGUAGAACGGCACGUGGCCUCAGAGCAAAUGGGCAUGCGUUGUUGUUGCUCCGUCCUGAAGAGUUUAACUUCCUCUACCAUUUGAAACGGGCCAAAGUUGUAUUGAAUGAAUUUGUAUUUUCUUUGGACAAAGUUUUCGAUAUUCAAGAGCCGCUAGAGAAACUGAUAUUAAGAAACGCUACCCUAAACCGGUUAGCCAAAGACGCGUACACGACUUAUGUAAGGGCAUAUGAUUCUCAUCAUUUGAAGAAUAUAUUCGAUAUCCAGUCUUUGGAUUUAAACGCGGCCGCAAAAUCCUUUGGUUUCGCAGUUCGACCAUAUGUUGACCUAAAAGUCGCUAGCCUAAAACCUAAAAAACAAAAACAAGACCGUAAACAUGGACACUCCAAAUCCCGCAAUGCACAAUCAAACUUUAAACAGAGAGCAGAAAAUCAGUCAAGCAGAAAUAAAUUUAAGAGACAACAAAAUAAAAGUCAAUAAUAG